AUGGAGAUGUCAAUGGAGCAAAAGAAAGCCACCGAACAGGUUGUAAGGAAAAAGGGUGGUUACAGAACCAUGCCCUUUAUCAUAGCAAAUGAGACCUUCGAAAAGGUUGCGAAUUUCGGACUCCAUGUAAAUAUGAUUUUGUACAUGUUACAAGAGUAUCAUCUGGACCCUUCAACUGCUGCUAUCAUAAUAUUUCUGUGGAACGCCUUGUCCAAUUUUAUUCCCAUCUUUGGUGCUUUCCUUUCUGAUUCUUGCGUUGGACGAUUUCGUGUUAUUGCAUGGGGAACUUUCAUCGACCUUGUUGGAUUGGUUGUGUUGUGGCUUACUGCAAUCAUUAGGCAUGCAAGGCCACAAGAAUGUCAUGUAGAAACUUGUCCAAGUCCAACGGGAUCUCAACUCAUGUUUCUUUUCUCUUCCCUUAUUCUCAUGGCUUUUGGAGCUGGUGGCAUUAGGCCAUGUUCCUUAGCUUUUGCUGCUGAUCAAAUUAACAACCCUGAAAACCCACGAAAUGAGAGGGUCAUGAAGAGUUUCUUCAAUUGGUAUUAUGUUUCGGUUGGCUUUUCAAUAAUGGUUUCUGUUAUAUUCCUAGUAUACAUUCAAGUUAAAGCAGGAUGGGUUGUGGGUUUUGGGAUUCCAGUGGGGCUUAUGUCAUUUUCUGCUAUCAUGUUCCUCUUGGGUUCUUACAUGUAUGUCAAAGUGAAACCAAACAAGAGCUUGCUCACUAGCUUGGCCCAAGUAAUUGUAGCAACCUGGAAAAACAGACACUCAACCCUGCCUCCAAAGAACUCCGACCUUUGGUAUUUCCACAAUGGCUCUAAUCUUGUUCAACCAACGGACAAAGCAAGGUUCUUGAACAAGGCUUGUAUAAUUAAGAAUAGAGAGAAAGAUUUGGACUCUAAUGGGAUGGCUGUUGACCCAUGGAAUCUGUGUACAGUAAGACAAGUAGAGGAGUUGAAAGUUAUAAUAAAAGUCCUUCCCAUUUGGUCCACUGGCAUCAUACUUGCUACUGCCAUAAACCAACAAUCAUUUGCUGUAGUCCAAGCUGGAACCAUGGACAGGGUCGUGUUCAAUUUGAACAUACCACAGACCAGCUUCGGUGCUUUUACAAUCAUCACUUUGACCCUAUGGAUUGCUAUUUAUGACCGCAUUAUAGUUCCCUUGUUAUUAAUAUACAAAAAAGGACUCACCGUUAAGCAAAGAAUGGGAAUUGGGCUAGUGAUCUCAUGUUUGGCCAAUAUAGUGGCAGCAUUGGUAGAGAAGAAGAGAAGGAAUGCAGCAAUAAGAGAAGGGUUUAUGAACAAUCCCAAUGGAGUGGUUAACAUGUCUGCUAUGUGGCUUGUGCCCCAAUACUCUUUAUUUGGUUUAGCAGAGGCUUUCAAUGCCAUUGGACAAAUAGAGUUCUAUUACACUCAAUUUCCUAAAACCAUGUCUAGCAUUGCUAUUGCUCUUUUUACACUUGGCUUUGGGAUGGGGAAUUUGGUGGCAAGCAUUAUCGUUAAGGUUGUGAAAGAUGGGACAGUGAGACCAGGAGAAGAAAGUUGGCUAUCAUCAAACCUCAACAGAGGGCACUAUGAUUACUACUAUGCCCUCCUUUUCAUUCUGAGUUUGGUUAAUUUGUUCUACUACUUCAUAUGUAGUAGGGCUUAUGGGAGUACUGAAGAUAUACAAAUUUGGGAUGAAGAGGUUGACACAAAAUUAGAACUUGAGAGAGACGUGACACAAAAUGAGGAAGAAAAGAAGUAA